AACGCUUGGGACAUCAUCAUGGGCAUCAAAUUCCUGGAGGUAAUAAAGCCCUUCUGCGCUGUAUUACCUGAAAUCCAGAAACCCGAAAGAAAGAUCCAGUUCAGAGAGAAGGUACUAUGGACAGCCAUCACUCUCUUCAUUUUCCUUGUGUGCUGCCAGAUUCCCCUGUUUGGCAUCAUGUCAUCAGACUCAGCAGAUCCCUUCUACUGGAUGAGAGUGAUUCUGGCCUCCAACAGAGGUACCCUGAUGGAGCUGGGUAUCUCUCCGAUCGUCACCUCAGGCCUCAUCAUGCAGCUCCUGGCUGGGGCUAAGAUCAUCGAGGUGGGAGACACACCCAAAGACAGGGCCCUCUUCAAUGGAGCACAGAAAUUGUUUGGUAUGAUCAUCACCAUUGGUCAGGCCAUCGUGUAUGUGAUGACUGGCAUGUAUGGAGACCCCUCCGAUAUGGGCGCUGGGAUCUGUCUUCUCAUCAUCAUCCAGCUGUUUGUGGCCGGUCUGAUCGUGCUGCUGCUGGAUGAGCUGCUGCAGAAGGGUUAUGGUCUGGGUUCUGGUAUCUCUUUGUUCAUCGCCACCAACAUCUGUGAGACCAUCGUCUGGAAGGCCUUUAGCCCCACCACUGUCAACACUGGCAGAGGCACAGAGUUUGAGGGGGCUAUCAUUGCUCUCUUCCACCUGCUGGCCACACGGACAGACAAGGUGCGUGCCCUGAGAGAGGCCUUCUACCGCCAGAACCUGCCCAACCUCAUGAACCUCCUCGCCACUGUCUUCGUCUUUGGUGUAGUCAUAUACUUCCAGGGCUUCAGAGUGGAUCUGCCCAUCAAGUCUGCCCGUUACCGUGGCCAGUACAACACUUAUCCCAUUAAGCUCUUCUACACCUCCAACAUUCCCAUCAUCCUCCAGUCUGCCCUCGUGUCCAACCUGUACGUGAUCUCUCAGAUGCUCUCCACACGAUUCAGUGGUAACUUCCUGGUUAACCUGCUGGGCACCUGGUCAGAUACGUCGUCUGGUGGUCCAGCCCGUGCCUACCCAGUGGGUGGGCUCUGUUACUACUUCUCUCCCCCGGAGUCAUUUGGCUCGGUCCUAGAUGACCCCAUCCAUGCUGCCAUCUACAUCUGCUUCAUGCUGGGCUCCUGUGCCUUCUUCUCCAAGACCUGGAUCGAGGUGUCCGGCUCAUCUGCCAAAGAUGUGGCUAAGCAGCUAAAGGAGCAACAGAUGGUUAUGAGGGGACACAGAGAGACCUCCAUGGUCCAUGAACUCAACAGGUACAUCCCCACAGCAGCUGCCUUUGGUGGUCUCUGUAUCGGUGGCCUUUCUGUCAUGGCAGACUUCCUGGGUGCUAUUGGCUCGGGAACGGGUAUCCUGCUGGCCGUCACCAUCAUCUACCAGUACUUUGAAAUCUUUGUCAAGGAGCAGAGUGAAAUGGGCAGCAUGGGAGCCCUGCUCUUCUAGACAGACACCUGGCUGCCAACACCUGUGACGAAACAACCCUCUUAAUGCACAUGGACAGAUCAGACCAAGUCCCACCAA